GGCGCCCAGGCCGUGAGGCGGCGGCAGCGGCAGCAGCCAUGUCGGGCCGGGGCGUGUGGCUGCGGGCGCGGGCGCGGCUGCGGCGCUUCCCGGUGCUGCUGUCGGGCUGCGGGGAGCAGGCAGCCGCCUACGGGCGGUGCGUGGCGGCGGCGGCGGCGGGGGAGCUGCGGCGGGACACGUGUCUGGAGGAGUUCCGGGCGCUGCGGGAUUGCUUCGCGCGGGCGGCGAAGGCGACGCCGAAGUGAGGCGGUGCCGGCCCCGGCGCCCCCCGCCCGCGCACCGGACACAAACCCGGCCCGGUUCGUCCGGCACCGGAGCUGCUGGAGGGGACCGAGAUCCGCCCCGACCCGGGCGGGGGCAGCCGCUGCUGCUGCUUCCCGGAGCCCCUUGGGCCUCUCCCCGGUCUCCAUCCCGUGAUCCAGCCCCGUUCCCGGCUCCGGGUGAGCUCCUGCUUCACUCAACAUCGAG